UUUAGAUUGGGAGCUGUUUGGGGCUUUGUUUUUAAACCAAAGCGUAUCCACGGAAUGGGGUUUUAGUCUUUUGCUGUGAUUUGAAUGUUUUCGUGUGGUUUUCACUAGUUCUUCCAGACAGCUCCGGAGAGAAUGGGGGCAGGAGCUCUAGCCAUCUGUCAAAGUAAAGCGGCUGUUGGGUUGAGAGAAGACAUGAAGAGGAUGGUGGCAGAGCCUGUGCCCGCGCGGAGGGAUGCCCCCUGUGCACAGCUGUUCGGAGUCAGCCUCCAAGAGCUUCAUCAGCGGGGGCUGGCCGAGCUCGGCAUCCCGGCCAUCGUGCGGAACAUUGUGGAGUACUUGACCCAGCACGGGCUCACCCAGGAAGGCCUCUUUCGGGUGAACGGGAAUGUGAAAGUCGUGGGACAGCUCCGUCUGAAGUUCGAGCGUGGCUUGCACGUGGAUCUUGGGGAAGAUGGCGAUGUCUACUCAGCAGCCAGCCUUCUGAAGCUCUUCCUGAGAGAGCUGCCGGAGAGAGUGAUCCCCGCAGCAUUUCGCCCUCGCCUCCUGCAGCUCUUUCGGGAUGGCAGAACUGACGAUCAGGAGACUAGCCUAAGGGCCUUACUAAAGGAGUUGCCAGACACCCACUACUGCCUUCUGAAGUACCUGUGCCAGUUCUUGACAAAAGUGGCCCAGCAUCAUGUGUACAAUCGCAUGGAUGUUCACAAUCUUGCCACUGUAUUUGGGCCAAAUUGCUUUCAUGUGCCACCUGGGCUUGAAGGCAUGAGAGAACAGGACCUGUGCAACAAGACAAUGGCUAAGAUACUAGAAAAUUAUCAUACCCUGUUUGAAGGAGAGCGCACAGAAAAUGAUAACCAGGUGUGUGACAACCUGGCCCGGCUUCUCAUAGUCCAAGAGGCCAGUUGUAAGAAGGCUCUGCCCAUCCUUCUAACAAAAGGCUUAGAGAGAGAGAAGCAAAAUAUGUCACCAAGAACUAAGAUCUCAAAUUGCAAGAGAGAGGGAAAGGUUCAAACUCCCAGGUUCCCAUAUCCGGAGGUAUCUAAUGGCACUCCGCAGAUCAGCCGGCUGCUCACUCGUAGAAGCUCCUGCCUGGAUGACUUGAAUUCGGGAAAGGAAGCCAGCGGUGUGAACUUUACAUCCAGUUCACAGGACGAUGAAAGACCUAUGUCUCCUUUCUAUUUGAGUGCUCGCGUGUCACAAGUCAGCAGUGUUUCGACAACAGGAGAACUCUUAGAAAGAACUAUCCGAUCAGCUGUAGAACAGCAUCUUUUUGAUGUUAAUAGUCCUGGAGGGCAAAGUUCAGAGGACUCGGAAUCUGGCACGACACCCGCAUCUUCCCCGGCAUCCAUCCGACAGCGACGGCGCCAGCCCAUGGAGCAGGAUGACCUGCGUCGAGUCACAGACAGGGGACUUGUCAACAAAGAAAAUAUUCCUUCUGGAGUCAGCAACCGUGACGACUGUAUUUUGAACACUCAAGAAGUUGAAAAAUUACAUGAAAGUGGUUCUGGUUUUAUUGGUGAAAGGAAUAAGCCUAAACGUCAAAAAUCCAGUACACAACUUUCAGAGCUCAAUGAAAAUCAGGAUGGCCCUGGGAGGAUGGACAUUCUCAAUCCCACACAGUAUUAUGAAAGGACUAGACCUGAUGAUGUUGAACUGACAUCUGAUAGAAGCAAAGAAAAUCAAAGUGUUGACAUCCCUGGCCAGCAAGGGGAGGUGAGUAGCUCACAGAGCUCCACAAUGAAGAUCCAGGAACAUCCCAGCCUCCCGGACACCAAACUGCCCCGGAAUCAAGAUGCAACCGGCCAGCAGGAGAGCUUUGUCCCCGAGGUGCCCCAGCUGGACCUGACUGCGUUGUGUGAUGAGCCAAGCUGGGAAGAGUCCGGCCCGACUUACUCCGAGUGGCAGCGGGAGAACCUCACCUCGGACGAAGCCCACCUCUCCCCGCAGGCUGGCCGCCUGAUUAGUCAGCUCCUCGAGGAAGACAGCGACCCCAUGCUCUCGCCCAGGUUCUACGCCUACGGGCAGAGCAGGCAAUACCUGGACGACACAGAAGUGCCUCCGUCGCCCCCCAAUUCCCAUUCUUUCAUGAGGCAGCGGAGCUCCUCACUGGGUUCCUACGAUGAUGAGCAAGAGGACCUGACGCCUGCCCAGCUCACCCGGAGGAUUCAGAGCCUCAAGAAGAAGAUUCGAAAGUUUGAAGACAGAUUUGAAGAAGAGAAGAAGUACCGACCUUCCCACAGUGACAAAGCAGCCAAUCCAGAGGUCUUGAGAUGGACGAACGACCUUGCCAAAUUCCGGAAACAGCUGAAAGAAUCUAAACUGAAGCUGUCUGAAGAGGACCUGACCCCCCGGAUGCGGCAGCGGAGCAACACCCUCCCCAAGAGUUUCGGUUCCCAGCUGGAAAGAGAAGAAGAGAAGAAGCAAGAAGUGGUAGAUAAAGCCGUCAAGCCCAGCGUUGAAGCCACACUGGAAUCCAUCCAGAGGAAACUCCAGGAGAAGCGGGCCGAAAGCAGCCGGCCAGAGGACAUAAAGGACAUGACCAAAGACCAGAUCGCUAACGAGAAAGUGGCUCUGCAGAAAGCGCUGCUGUAUUAUGAAAGCAUUCACGGCCGGCCGGUAACGAAGAACGAACGGCAGGUGAUGAAGCCACUCUAUGACCGCUACCGGCUGGUCAAACAGAUCCUAUGCCGAGUGAACACCAUACCCAUCAUUGGUUCCCCCUCCAGCAAGCGGAGAAGCCCUUUGCUGCAGCCAAUUAUCGAGGGAGAAACGGCUUCCUUCUUCAAGGAGAUCAAGGAAGAAGAGGAGGGUUCAGAGGAUGAUACCAACACGAGGCCUGACUUCACAGUCACUCUGAAAACCGACUUCAGUGCGUGCUGCUUCCUAGACCGAUUUGAGGAUGACGCUGACGGGUUUAUUUCCCCAAUGGAUGAUAAAAUGCCUUCGAAGUGCAGCCAGGACGCAGGGCUUUCCAAUCUCCAUGCCGCUUCAAUACCUGAACUCUUGGAACACCUUCAGGAAAUGAGAGAAGAAAAAAAAAGAAUUCGAAAGAAACUUCGUGACUUUGAAGACAAUUUUUUCAGACAAAAUGGAAGAAACGUCCAGAAGGAAGACCGCACUCCGAUGGCUGAAGAAUACAACGAAUACAAGCACAUAAAGGCGAAACUUCGGCUCUUGGAGGUGCUCAUCAGCAAGAGAGACGCUGAUUCCAAAUCCAUGUAGAGGCAGUCCCAGCUCGGCCGCUGAAUGGGUCCUGGGAACAGAGCCGCUCUGCAGGGCCGGACAGCGGAGCCUUUCCGAGACCCGCCAGCAUGCGGCCCUCUGCCUGCACGCCACCAGGAUGGACUCCUGUCUCCAUCGCUCGCCUGCGAGACUGCUGUCAACCCAAGAAGGAAACUUGUCCUGGCGUGGGAGUUUUGUAAUGGCAACGUCAGGAUCCUUCGUGAGCGCGCGUGCACACACACCAAUGUAGUGGAAACUUUACUAACACUACCAAUGACGAAGCACUACAGUUCGACACACUCGUCUACAAAGGAGAUGAAACUGUUCUAUCCCUGGAGAACUGAGAAACAGGAGACGGCUCUCUCGUCAAACUGACCCCACAAGCUCCGGACUUCACCUUGUAGAGCGAACUGGCUGUAUUCUUCUUGGACCACUGCCAAGUGUGGAUGUGCAUCCGAGAGCCGCCCAACCGCCCUAUUUGCUGCCUUGGCCGUUCUUGUGCCCUUUGCGCAGAGCCGCGCCUCUUCCGCUGGUGUGAAUUUGUUAUUUCGUCCCCUCCUCCGCCCCCAACCCCGCGCUCAGGUACCUGGAAGCUGCGCCUGCCCCCAGCGGCCACGCUGCCCUCUCUUAGCUGGUGUGUUCCUUCUGGACGCCCUCGGCUGACUUGGUUUGUACCUAGA